GCAGCCCCGUCCGGAGCCAUGGCCUCGUCCCCGCAGCAGCACCAGCAGCAGCAGCCGCCCUCCUCCUCCUCCUCCUCCCCGGAGGCGCCGGGCAGGCAGCGCUGGCCCUCCUUGGGGCGCCUCUCGCUCCUCUCCAAGAAGGGCAGCAUGAAGCCCUCCGCCCUGGAGCUGCAGGAGGGCCACCCCAACGCCCACUACGCCCCCUUCGCCCCCGGCCCCAAGGCAGCCGCCCCUCCGCCGCCUCGCCCGCUGGCAGAGGAGCCCAAGGCGGCGGCAGCGGCAGCGCCCGAGCCCUUUCCCCGGCCCUCCAUGAGCCUGGACCCGCGCGUCUCCAUCUACAGCGUCCGCCGCCCGCUCCUCAGCCGCAGCCACCUCCAGGGCCGGGUCUACAACUUCUUGGAGAGACCCACCGGCUGGAAGUGCUUCGUCUACCACUUCACCGUCUUCCUCAUAGUGCUGGUCUGCCUUAUAUUCAGUGUGCUUUCCACGAUUGAUCAAUACGCAGCUCUGGCCACAGGGACGUUAUUUUGGAUGGAAAUUGUAUUAGUGGUGUUUUUUGGAACGGAGUAUGUGGUUCGAUUGUGGUCAUCGGGUUGCCGCAGUAAAUAUGUUGGUUUAUGGGGAAGACUUCGUUUUGCUAGAAAGCCAAUAUCUAUCAUUGAUCUAAUUGUAGUUGUUGCUUCCAUGAUAGUGCUUUGUGUGGGUUCUAAAGGUCAAGUUUUUGCCACCUCUGCUAUCAGAGGCAUUCGGUUUCUUCAGAUCCUGCGUAUGCUUCAUGUAGACCGGCAGGGUGGCACAUGGCGGCUGCUGGGAUCUGUAGUUUUCAUACACAGACAGGAGCUGAUAACCACCCUGUACAUUGGAUUUCUAGGUCUGAUUUUUUCUUCCUACUUUGUGUACUUGGCUGAAAAAGAUGCUGUGAAUGAUUCAGGAAACCAUGAAUUCAGCAGCUAUGCAGAUGCCCUUUGGUGGGGAGUAGUGACUGUUACAACCAUUGGCUAUGGAGACAAAGUGCCUCAGACGUGGAUAGGAAAAACCAUUGCAUCUUGCUUUUCUGUAUUUGCAAUUUCAUUUUUUGCCUUACCUGCGGGAAUUCUUGGUUCUGGGUUUGCUCUGAAGGUGCAGCAGAAACAAAGGCAAAAACACUUCAACCGACAAAUUCCAGCAGCUGCAUCUCUCAUUCAGACUGCCUGGAGGUGCUAUGCAUCAGAAAACCCGGAUUCUUCUACUUGGAAAAUUUACAUUAAGAAGCCUUCCAGAAAUUAUCACUUGAUGUCUCCUAGUCCCAAACCAAAGAAAACCGGGAUGGUGUCGGUGAAAAAGAAGAAAUUCAAGUCAGAAAAAGAUAAUGGAUCAACAUCUCCUGAUAGAAUGUUACCUGUUCCACAAAUCACAUUUGACCAUGCUGUGGAUGAUAGGAAAUCUGACAAUUUUCACUUGGAUCCCUAUGAUAAUUCUGGACAAAAAGGAAUGUUUAAAUUUUUUGUCCGACAGCAUUCCUGGUCAUCCUUUUCUACAGAGCAGCCGUCUCCCAGUUCUCCCCCUUCUCCAGUGAAAAGGAACUCUCCAUUUUUAGAUGCAAACACAGGACCAUUCAUUAGGACUAAUAGCUUUGCUGAUGAACUUGACCUGGAGGGUGAAACACUGCUGACCCCAAUAACACACAUCUCACACUUGCGAGAACAUCACCGUUCUGCCAUUAAGGUGAUACGUCGAAUGCAGUAUUUUGUGGCAAAGAAGAAAUUUCAGCAAGCUAGAAAACCUUAUGAUGUCCGUGAUGUCAUAGAACAAUAUUCCCAAGGUCAUCUCAAUUUAAUGGUGCGAAUAAAAGAGCUUCAAAGAAGAUUGGAUCAGUCUAUAGGGAAGCCAUCACUGUUUAUUUCUGUCUCAGAAAAAAACAAAGACAGAGGGAAUAAUACAAUUGGUGCCCGUUUGAACAGAGUUGAAGACAAGGUAGUUCAAAUGGAUCAGAAGCUGAACCUCAUCACAGACCUCUUGCAUCAUCUGGUUUCCAUCCAGCAAGGCAACCAAGGCAGCAACAAAUCAUGUCACGGGAAUGAAGUUAACCCUGAACUCUUUCUCUCUAGUAACACGCUCCCUACUUAUGAACAACUGACCGUUCCAAGGGGAACUGAUGAUGGUUCUUGAUGCAGCCGUACCUUCUUUUUCAUUGACACUGAAUGUUGUGAAUCUUGAGGGUUGGGAAGAAAUUAAAAUGCAUAAUCAGCCAUACAAAGAAUUAAACAGGUCUGCUAAACCAAUGUUACUAACCUCAGAUGUAUUCUUCCAAAGACAGUGAUUGAGAUUACCACAAAAACCGUAAAACCUGCACUGUGGUGGUGUUGUACUUGCUCUUGUUUAAUAAUGUGGUACACUCAUAAGCUCUGCCUCCCCCCCUCCCCCGUGUGAAUAUGUUUUAUCUUACUACAAUCUGUCACUACACUGAAAGACCAGCGAUGAUGAUGAUGAUGAUGAUGAUGAUGAUGAUGAUGAUGACGACGACAAUGAUGAUAAUGAUGACAAUGAUGACAUAGACAACAUGUCAGCCAGUUUCUAUGCACAAUUUAUCGAGUCUGCUGCUGCAGGCAAGUCUCUGAAGUCCUGUAAAAACUUGUUUGAAAUAGUUUCAAAACUUGGCUGCAGCUCUGUUUGGUAGAAUGCACCUUGUGGUUCUUCAGUGAUAUUGAUACUUGAACUUAGAUGGCCAGGUGUGUGUUCUGUUUAUGACUCUGCUGAUAGUAGUAUACAGGUAGAUAUGCUACUUAGAUUUCUUAAGGAAAGUAAUGUAUGUAGGCUGUACUGUGUAAACAUAUCACUACUGUUCUAGAAAAUAGCAGAAGCAUGCAUUGAAUGAUUUCCCAACCUUACUCCUGUGUUCAUUUUUUUAGCCUGUUACAUAAAUCUAAUGACUUCAGUUUUUUUAAAAAAAAUAUCUGUUUUUCUUCAGGGAAGAACUUUUGCUUUAGCCUAAAACUUAUAUCUGUAAUGCAAUGCAAUGUAGAUUUCUUUUUGUAUAAUACUGUGAUUUCAUGGGAAUGCUGAAAUGUUACAUAGAAAAAUUGUUUAAUUUUUUAAAUCAUACAACUGCCAAAUUAUUUAUACAUACUAUUUAUCACAACCA